AUGGGUGACCACGUGCUUCUGAAGUGGGCCUCGGAGGACAAAUGGGACGUGUAUCCCGUUAGGAAUAUAAAGUCCCAGACUGUCGUCUGCCAGCUGGUCGACGACCCAAAAUACGUGACGAUGCUGACCAACCAAACAGUGCAAGUCCUGUGGCAGGACGAUGAGUACGCAGCGGCGUACAUUUUGGGAAUAGGAUCACAGGUGGCCAUGGAGCGCAAGCGAACGAGGCUUGUGUUGGGCCGGGCUUCUCAGAGCUCUCCGCAAGACCGAAGCUGUGGGAUGCAGGAGGAGCUGGCGAUGGUGAAACAAGAACUUGAAGAGUCGAGGGCAAGAGUAGGGGAGCUGGCUGUUGAACUUGACAAUGAGAGGGCCAAGAGAACCAAAAUUCGCGAUAAAUACAAUGAGGCAAAGGAGUUACUUGACAUUAAAAAAAUGGCCAAGAACUUGCGCAAGGCAACGAGCCAGCUGGCAGACGCGGUGUCCUCCGUAGCUUCGCCAGCACCGGUUACCGUGCCUGCUGCUCAGGUGGACAUAGGAGAUGGUGUGCUGCUGGACAAAAAGCUCCUGGAGAGGAUUUCUUUGAGCACCCCAACGCAGCCAUCAAAGUUUGCGAGGGCACUGCUACGAGCAGUGUUUACUGUUGAAGAGCUGGAGAACAGCUCGCUCAAGGGAAAAGUAUGCCCUGCGAAUAACGAUGCCCCACCGAAGAAGGCAUUGGACAAGAGAAGCCUGGAUGCAGUAGUGUGUAAGGACACUUGA